AUGUGGUCGAUUUUAACGGCUACCGAGGUCUACAACCCCUAUACGCAGCAGCAAAAGCUGCUGGAAUCACGGUGGUUCUUCGUCCCGUAUAUCAACGCGGAAACCACAGCGGGAGGGAUUGCGCAUUGGAUUACGACAGAGGUUGCUGGAAAUCUUCGAACGAAUGAUAGUGAUUGGAGGGCGUCAUGGCAAGCGUAUGUCAACGGGAUUAUUACCGAGUCUAGGCCCAAUCAGAUCACUGAGGGUGGUCCACUUAUCGCUAUACAAGUUGACAACGAAUAUAAUCAACGCGAUGGUGGUACUUACUUCGCCGAGCUCGAAGCUGCAUAUCGAGCUUCCACCAGUGGAAUUGUCGUGCCUUUAACGUAUAACGAUCCAGGACAAGGCAGGAACUUCAUCAAUGGAACGGGCGCCGUCGAUCUAUAUGGUCUCGACUCGUACCCUCAAGGGUUUGAUUGUUCGCAUCCUGAUGUGUGGAACGGCGUUACGCUUAACUAUCAUCAAUAUCACGCAAGCGCCAAUCCUUCUCAGGUUUGGUACAUCCCAGAGUUUCAAGGUGGGGCCUUUGAUGCUUGGGGCCCAACGUCUCCUGGGUACCAAAAUUGUCGCCAGCUUACUGGCCCAGAGUUUGUUUCGGUAUUCAACCUUCAGUUGUGGGCUUCGAAUGCGAAGAUGAUCAAUUUUUAUAUGGUGUAUGGAGGUACUUCGUGGGGUGCGGUUCCAUUCCAUGGGGUUUACACUUCCUAUGACUACGGUGCAUCGAUAACGGAAUCCCGAAUGCUUACGACCAAGUAUUCCGCCCUGAAAAGGCAAGGAAUAUUCCUUCGCAGUUCUCCCGAAUUCUACAAAACCGAUUGGAUUGGUGACACCUCUACGGGAUUGAAUGACGGCGCUGUCAUCUCCGUCAACAAUACUCCGGCGGCAUUUGUCACUCUUCUGAGGAAUCCAAAUACGAGGGCUGGAUUCUGGGUUGUGAGGCAGAGCGGUUCGACUUCUACGGCUACAUCUGUAUUCAGACUAAACGUAACAACAGCAGAUGGGUCAAAGAUCCAACUGCCUACCGAAGUCACCUUAUCAGGUCGUCAAUCCAAAGUGAUCGUCACCGACUACGCAUUCGGGACCAAAUCCCGCGCGCUCUACUCGACCGCCCAAGUAUUCUUCGCGGGUAGCAUCGGUGGACGGGAUGUUCUGUUCCUCUAUGGGGAUUCCAAUCAGGAACAUGUUGCUGCUAUACAGUUAACGGGAACACCUACACCCGGUGUUUUGUCGCCCGGGAAUUCGAAUGUGCAAUUCAUGGGUACUGAAGCCGGUGCGAGUAGUGCCAAUAAUGUGACGAUCAUUGGGUUCCUUCCUGGUGUCCAAGGGUUAGUUACGAUUUACGACUCGGAUACUCAGCUCAUCCUAUACGCCGAUUCUGCCACCGUCGACACAUUCUGGGCACCUACCAUCGCUGGAACGACCGGUGAUCUCGCCAACUUUUGGAGUUUGGGAACGAACGAGACGGUGUUGGUCGGAGGACCGUAUCUUGUACGGUCCGCUGCUAUCUCUGGGAAUCAGUUGGCGUUGAGAGGGGAUCUGAAUAUUUCUGAUGGAGCUGGGGAUGUGAUGUUGACGGUUAUCGCGCCGAAGAACGUGACUAGCAUAAGCUGGAAUGGGGAGGCCGUGUCGAUUUCUUCGUCUUUACUUCCUACGUCUUGGUUAUUGGGUGCCAUUAAUCGUAACGGUUCGUCGCCCACGGGAUCCGACUCGUUGACUGGACGGAUUACGUUGCCUACCCUGAAGACGUGGAAGUUCAAGGAUAGUCUUCCGGAGAUCGUAGGCGGGUUUGAUGAUUCGAAGUGGGCCUUGGCGAAUCAUACGCAGACGAACAUUCCGGAGAAGCCGCAUUAUGGAGAUGGAAGGGUUUUGUAUGGGUGUGAUUAUGGAUUCUGUGAGAAUAUCGUCCUUUGGAGAGGUCAUUUCACCGGGACCGGGAAUGAGAAGAGCGUUAAUCUGUCGAUCAAUGGGGGUGAAGCAUUCGCCGCCAGCGUCUGGCUCAAUAACGCGUUCUUGAAUACUGCAUUUGGAAACUCAACGAACAAUCGAAACUUUAUCGAGGAGACGGACCAAGUCUAUACCUUCCCCAACGGGGUAGCGCAAGCCGGGAAAGAUAAUGUGAUCACUAUUGUUCAGGACAACAUGGGACUGGACGAACAAAACGCCGUUAAUAGCAUGAAGAGCCCACGGGGCGUUCGCGGGUUCCAACUGAAUACAGGAACGUUCUCUCAAUGGAGGGUUCAAGGGAAAAUAGGUGGAUACACCAAUUUCCCAGACAAAGCACGAGGAGUCCUAAACGAAGGUGGUCUCUUCGGCGAGCGUAAAGGCUGGCAUCUCCCAGGAUUCGAUACGUCUUCGUGGGCAACCGUAUCGAACUUGUCGUUGUCCUCUCCUGGAGUAGGCUUCUUCGUGAAUACCUUCAACCUCAGUUUGCCCCAGGGACAAGAUGUCAUGUUGAGUUUGAACUUUGUCGAAUCAGAUGGGCAGCCGUAUCGGGCUCUGCUGUUCGUGAACGGAUGGAUGAUGGGUAAGCGGGUGGGAAACCUAGGACCUCAAACCAAAUUCCCGGUACAUGAAGGGAUACUUGAUUACCAAGGAUCAAAUACGGUUGCAGUUGCAGUAUGGGCGAUGACGAAGCAACCUGUAAAUCCUCAACUUCAGUUCACGAUCGAUGGGAUGUUUGAUGGAGGGGUUGGCAAUAUCCGUAAGAAUAACCCGAGUUGGACUGCUACGGGUAGGGAGUAG